AUGGGCAUGGAGAGAGAGCAGAUCUUCAUUGAUCCAUUCAAAGGUCCUUCCGCCGUUCUGUUCAUCAAAGCCUUCACCCUUUGGAGCAUAUACCCUGAAAUUAUCUUCUUAACCGGCUGGACUACCUUACUAGUCCUUUUAGAUGAGCAUGUUUCUGCGUUGUCUUUGAAGCUCCCUCCAACAAUCUUGACGGUUCUGGGUGCCUAUGAGCGCUACACGGACGGAAGGAAGCAAUGGAGCACCAUCGUACAUGUAUCUCGCACUUUGACGUGUUUGGUUUGGUCCCACUGCCCCUAUCCUCUUCGUCUCCCAACCGCAAGCCAACCAGCUACUGAAACUGAAAGCACGGAAUAUUUUAUGAAGACUUGUACCCCGGAAGAAGAGAAACCACCGCGUUGCACACCCACCACGCCCUUCCCACCCCCUCACAAACUGCUACCGAAUUACAACCCCCCUGAAGAAAAACUUUGUGAAUGCAUGCCAUUGGGGAUCUUCAAAAGUAUAUGGAAGGGUACGCGGAAUGUGACUGGACUGAGGAAAAAGAAGGCCAACUAUAGUCGCCGAAUCCACGAUGACAACAUCCCGCUCGAAAUGAUUUGCUGCAUGAGUGCAUACAUUGCCACCCUGCAACAACGCGGCGUGCUAAAUGUUCCGCUUGCCAACUCUCUGCUUGUCUCGGUGUCUUGCUUCUCCGACUCACUAGCAACAUUGGAGAGAAUUCUCACGACGCCUAUUCCAUUUGGCUACAUCGUCCAUUUGCGGCUCAUCAUUUGGGGAUAUCUGAUCUUUCUGCCUUUCCAACUGAUGUCGACCUUUGGUUAUGUCACGAUACCAGCCACCGCAUUGAUCUCGAUUGCGUUUCUUGGGUUUUUGAAAAUCGGCGAAGAAAUUGAAAAUCCGUUUGGAUAUGAUUCCAACGACUUGGACAUGGACCACUUUUGUCAGAACCUCAUCGGGCGAGAGUUGGCGGAGAUUACCGCUCUACCAGCGCCGGAUCCGGAGGAAUUUAUGUUUUCGCCAUUCAACUUACCGCUUUACCGCCAGCAUGACGAUAGAUCUGCCACUGAACUCGCCAGCGUGUAUUCUUCAUCAGCCGACAUCCAGGGGCUUCUCCGUAAGAAAGCAUCCAUAGCUCCAUCCAGCAGGGAUAAGAGGUGA